AUGUGGAAGGAUGUUAUUGAAAUUAUGAGACGUAGACUAGCAGACUGGAAAGGAAAUAAUCUGUCUAUUGGAGGUAGGGUAGUGUUAAUCAACAGUAUCCAAAGUCACUUCCUGUGGGGUAGCUGCUCUAGCAGAAAGAAAAUUCAUUGGGUAGAUUGGAAAUCAGUUUGCGCACCGAAAGUGAAAGGAGGUUUGGGCAUCAAGGAUAUUUCGUAUUUCAAUGGGUCUCUUCUUCUUAAGUGGAAAUGGAGAUUCUUGAACUCCAAAGGGAUGGUUUGGAAGGGUAUUAUCAAUAACAGAUACGCGAAGAAUGUAUUAGGCCUGGCUAUUAUAGGUUAUGAUGGUUUUAAAGGAGAAAUUUCUAGCAGAGGCAGAUCAGAUUUGUUCGUUGAUAGUUUGAAGUGUUCGUUGGGUAACGGGAAGAAGGCAGCGUUCUGGCAUUGUAAGUGGAUUCCUUAG